UACUUUCAACACACUCUUUGAGGCUCGUGAUGUAGUUGCGCUGUGAUUGGAAGCGGAGAACCGUCGACCAGCGACCCCUCUGUCUCUCAUUGGCGAAGGACUAUCUUUCGGCUCUGGCUCUCGCGGGGCUGCUGUACGAAGAUGGCGGCCGAACUGGUGGAAGCGAUGAACAUGGUGAAGAAUUUUCGGGUGUCUGACCUGCAGACGCUGCUGGCCUCCAUGGGCCGCAGUAAAAGUGGUCUGAAGCAGGACCUGGUGGGACGGGCGCUGAGGCUGGUGCAAACAGAGUGCAGCCCAGAGCUGCUGAAGAACGUGCGGCAGCUCUAUGAGUCACGCUUCCCCAAGGCGUCGGGUUGGCUGGCUGCCCGGCGCCCGGAGGGGGUCUCUGUGGCCUACUCCUCCCUCAGCUCCUCACCCACUGGCACACAGGGCACAGACUACCUCAACGGCAUCCCCAAGCUGUCCUCCACACCAGCAGCUGAGGUCAAGCUGGUGUCACUGCCCUUUUACCAAACUCUGGAGAAGCUGUUGCUGCCAACGGAGCUGAUUGCCCAGAACAGUGAGAAACUGCAGGACAGUCAAUGUGUAUUUGAGUUAACACAGAGCCAAGCGGACCAAGUCAGAAACUCAACUGAGCUUCGGCCAGGAAUGAAGGCAAUCCAGGUGGUUCUUAGAAUCUGUUACACAGACUCCAUCGGUGUCCAGGAAGAUCAGUACCCUCCCAAUAUUGCUGUCAAAGUCAACCAGUCUUACUGUCAUGUACCGGGUUACUACCCUUCUAAUAAGCCAGGUGUGGAGCCGCGUCGGCCCUGUCGCCCAGUCAACAUCACACCUUGGUUACAACUCUCCACUGCCAUCAACCGGGUCACUGUCACAUGGGGCAACUUCGGCAAGCGCUACUCUGUGGCAGUGGAUUUAGUGAGGGUCUUCACAUCAGCAGAGCUCUUCGGCCAACUCAAACACUGCUCAGUGGAGAGUGCAGAACGCUGUCGUGAACGCAUCCAGGACAAGCUACGCUUUGAUCCAGAGAGCGAGAUCGCUACCACAGGGCUACGGGUGUCCCUCAUCUGUCCUCUGGUGAAGAUGCGGAUAGGUGUUCCAUGUCGGGUGAUCACCUGUGCCCACCUGCAGUGUUUUGACGCGAUCUUCUUCCUGCAAAUGAAUGAGAAGAAGCCCACGUGGACCUGCCCUGUGUGUGACAAGCAGGCUCCCUUUGAGCUGCUCACCAUCGAUGGGCUGGCAUCUGAGAUCUUAAAAGAGACCCAUGAGGAUAUUGAGGAGAUUGAAUAUCUGACUGACGGUUCAUGGAGACCCAUCCGAGAUGAGAAGGAGAAGGAGAGGGAGAGGGAACGCAGCAACACGCCUGACUACCCUGUUCUGGAUAUAUGUGUUCCUGAGGUAAAUGGCCACUCCCCGGCCCACAGCAGCACCAGCCAGACGGGGAAGUCAGGAGCUGGGUCCACGGCGGGGGGGGCGGGAGGAGGAGUGGUGGUUGAUCUGACUCUAGACUCUGAGGAGGAGGGGGGAGGGGCUGGAGGAGACAGCGACGACACUGAGGACAGCCAGGACAGCCCCGCCCCCAAGAGGGGCCGAUACGACUAUGACAAGGACCUGGUCACAGCGUACUGACUGGCGGACUGACCCCACAGACUGGGAGAGAGGGUUGGGCUAAGUUGGAGGACUGGAAAUCAUUAGUCCCUACUCCAUCACCCACCCCCACUACUCUAGCAUAUAUUCACACAGACACAUGCACAUACAUGCACUGUCAACCUCUGGAGUGGUUAGGCUUCCUCAAUACACCACUGGAAAAAGCAGCUCCCUGACACUUGUGACCCUCCCCCUCCCAGCAUUCAAAUUGUGUAUCCUCCAUCAUAAAGACCAUUGAAAAGAGUAACCUCCUGAACUAUUUAUCCCCUCCAUCUUCUUGUACUUUGUAUUUGACUUGAACUUAAGGCUCUCAAAGCCACAAGCAUUUGGUGUUUGCGUCUCAGAAUUUUGUCAUUUUUUGUGAUCGCAGGCAGUGGGAGAUAUGGAGCCUCCUCCGUAGUUAAGUGGUAAGAGGUCAAAAUAACUUGAAUGAAUAAUUUGGGACACGAACAGACUAGAUUUUUCUGGAAUAUGAUUAAAUUGAACAACACCCCUACCUUUUCUUUCUGUUUAAUUUAUUCAGACAAUGAAAAUAAAUUAGCUCUAACAAAACUUUUCCCCAUUUUUAUUGUCUUUAAAUGCUGACAACCUACCUCAGUCAUACACAGCAAACUUACUUGACCAGAGAGAGUAAUACCUGAACUAAGGUUGCUAUAGUAUUUAACAAGAGGGUCUAUUUUUAUUUAAUUUUUUUGUCUAACUUUUUUUCGCUCACUCGCCUCACUUUUCCAAACAAUUUAUGUAUGGCCUUUCUAAGGAAUGGGUUAUUGGAAUCAGGGUCGUGUUUAUUAGGGCACAUGUUGCAAAACAUAUGUGUAUGGUUUGUAACAGAAAAUGAGCAUUUCUUAUUGGACAAGUACAGUUGGUACCUCCCUGUUUAACUCCAUUAGAGCAUUUUUGUUCCAAUUUGUGCCUACUGAAUACGACCCAGGAAUGCUGUGUCUUUGACAAGUUCUUGUAUAUACCCCUCACUGCAUUGAAAUCUACGAUUUGAUUUGGUGGCUGAAUUCAUAUGACAAGCAAUUGUCUUUGUGGAGAGUUUGCAAAAACAAGCAGUUAUCAUUUGAGGUUUUGGAACAUGCUCUUUUCAGAUUCUUUCCAGUGUUCUGUUUUGCCAGUGCUGUUCAUAUUGAUCAAGGAAACAAAUGCAGGAUGUAUUCUUUUCACUUGCCUAUUUCAUGUCAGUUUUCAACAGUUGGAUAGUCUAGAGACUGACUACUGCCGCAUUCAACCUUCCCCUGAUAUCCUGAGAGCUUUGCAGGGUUUUGAACUGGACUAGAGUUUUUCUUUCUGUUGUUUUUAUUGAACAAGGCUCUAACUAAAGAAUGAUCAUGUCACAAAUAUUAGUAUCCACACAAUUGGUCAAGAUCAUGUUGAGGCAAUUGUGCCAAACCGAUUUGGGUCAGUUAUCUCUUGUUGUAAGGUCAGCUUUGGGUGCCUUUUUGUUUUGAGUUAGGAUUGGUGGAGGCUGGAGCCCACAGUUGUUUGGCUACUUGAGCUGGUCUACACAGGAAGGCUCAGUAAGAAAAUUAAUUAACUUUUUUUUUUUUUUCCCCUGGAGUGGAGGACUUGAGGGAUGUAUCUUCAGAUCUGGAAUGGGAUGAAUUUGUUAGUGUCGUCAUGCUUUUUGACUUAAUUUUCUUCGUCUUAAGUAUUUUAUUUAUUGAUAAUUGAUUGCUUCACGUCUUUUAUUUGAAUGGCAGUUUAUAUUAAAAUGUACAUAUGUCUCAAUGGAAAGAGUGCUUUACCAGAGCAUUUAUAUACGGCUCUGAUCUGCACACGUUUUCAGUAAGAGAUGGCAGAACACUUACGAAGCUUGGACUUUUUGUGGAAGAGUGAAUGAUUGUGGCACAAAGCACUGCCAUUGUUAGACAGGUUCCAUUCCUUUUCCUCUGAGGAAACUUAGCACUUCUAACCAAUGACACACAUUCUGCCUCCUCCCAGUUCAAAGAUAUUACCCUCAGAAAUCAGCAUUUAUUAUCACAUAGAUCCUAGAUGAAUGUCCUCUACAUCCGUAAUGGCUUCUUCAGGGGAGCUUUUUCCACAGGCACAGUUAAAAUUGUAAUAAACAGUUAAUCUUUUGAUGUUGUUGAGAGAAUUUAGCUACAUGGAUGGUAUGAGUUUAAAUAUCCUCUCACUUUUAUUUACUUUCCAGGUCAUUAGAUUCCUUACCCCAAGAUAGUCCCUGUUUUCAUUCAGAACUGUAGAGAUGGCAUUUCUGUUUUUAUAGAACUGUGUCUUCUGAAUUCCAAAAAUGUCUCAAAUGGUAUUGAUGCAUGCAUUGGACUAUAGCAUAUUGAUAUUUUGUGAUCAUCCUGAAUUCAGACUUGCGUAGACAUUUUGUCCAGUAGUAGUAUACCUAAUCUAAUAAUGAGAUGGUAACGACCUGAGGAAACUUAUGGGCUCUGGUCUUUUAUGUUAACCUGGUCUUCCAAUAUUCUGCAGUACUCAUGACAUGUCCAUAUAGCUUGCGGAUUGUUAUACUGAUUGGUGAGUCCUGUAAACAUGGGAAACCCGCAAUGAUUGAUGGCACUUUCUGUAAAAGAAACUCAAACCGUAGCCGUGUCCCUGAAUAUGACAGUCGUUGUACAACUUAAUGCAUUUAAGCAACAUGUUAAUACAUCUUGCAGAAUUUCAUCUUCAACUAACAGAAAUUACUUUACAGAUUUAAAUCACAUUGUUUAAAUUUACAGGUGCAAAAGUGUAGAAGAACAUCGCUGCACAGAUAAGAUUUCCUCAAGCUUUUUCAUAUCGUGGGCAAGGCGAGAGAGGUGAAGUACAUGUUGUUUCUAAGGAACUAAAUUAUAAUAAUGCUUAAGGUAGCAUGAGCAGUGGCUUGCAAUCCAUGAUGUAAAUGUUUUGUUUGUCUUUUUAUAUGUUCAUAUUAAAAGACAAUACAAUUAAAAUAUUUUAUUAAGCUUUGAAUUGCCUCCAGUUGUUCCAAAAGUCCAAUAAAAUCACAAAUACCAGUGUUGGAACUGAUGCCACUUUAAGUGUAAGAGAGGUGGUUGAGGUGUAGCUUGGUGUGAUGUCCUGUACCUGACACAUUUUGUGUUCAAAUGUUCAAAAAUAACUAAAAUUCGAAAUAAUCGUAUUCGAUUGUCUUAGAUACUUUUAAAGCUAAAAUUACUUAACUGAAGUUCCUUCUGGAAAAAGUGAUUUAAAACAAACGUUUAAUCAUGAUCAAAUGACUUGCCAGUUCUCCCAUAGGUAAUCAAAUUGUAUUUGUCACAUGCUUGGUAAACGGGUGUGGACUAACAGUGAAAUGCUUACGUAUAGGCACUUCCAAAAAAUGCAGAGAAAGAAAAUAGAGAAAUAAAACACAUAGUAAUGACCAAUGAGUAACGCUAACUUGGCUAUGUACAAGGGGUACCAAGUCGAUGUGCAGAGGUACGAGGUAAUUGAGGUAGAUGAGUAUAUACAUAUAACUAGGAAUAAAGUGACAGAUAGUAAACGGUAGCAGCAGUGUUGGUGAUGAGUCAAAGUUAGUACAAAAUAAAUAAUGGCUAUCAAUUUAUUAAUGAUCAAUCUUUUAUGGCUUGGGGGGUAGAAGCUGUUCAAGAUCAUUUUGGUUCCAGACUGUGCAUCGGUACUGCUUUCCGUGCAGUAGCAGAGAGAAUCGUCUAUGACUUGGGUGUCUGGAGUCUUUGACAAUGGUUAGGGCCUUCCUCUGACAUCGCCUGGUAUAGAGGUCCUGGAUGGUGGGUAGCUCUGCCCCAGUGAUGUACUGCGCCGUAUACACUACAUUUACAUUUAACAUUUACAUUUACCUCUGUAGCUCUUUGCAGUCGGAUGCCAAGCAGUUGCAGUACCAAGCGGUGAUGCAGCCAGUCAAGAUGCUCCCAAUGGUACAGUUGUAUAACCUUUUGAUGAUCUGAGGGCCCAUGCCAAAUCUUUUUAGCCUCCUGAAGGGGAAAAUGUGUUGUCAAGCCCUCUUCACGACUGUGUUGGUAUGUUUGGACCAUAAUAGAUCCUUAGGGAUAUGUACACCGAAGAACUUGAAGCUCUCAAUCUGCUCCACUUCAGCCCGUUCUAUGUGAAUGAGGCUGUGCUCGGCCCUCCAUUUCCUGUAGUCCACGAUCAGCUCCUUUGUGUUGCUGACAUUGAGGAAGAGAUUGUUCUGGCAGCAGACUGCUAGGUUUCUGAUCUCCCUGUAGGCUGUUUUAUCGUCGUCUGUGAUCAGGCCUACCACCCUUUUGUCAUCAGCAAACUUAAUAAUGGUGUUGGAGUGGUGCCCGGCCACACAGUCGUGGGUGAACAGGGAGGACAGGAGGGGACUAAGAACGCACCCUUGAAGGGCCCCUGUUUUGAGGGUCAGCGUGGCGGAUGUGUUACCUACUCUCACCACCUGGGGGUGUCCCAUCAGAAAAUCCAGGAACCAGUUGCAGAGGGAGGUGUUCCAGGGUGUUCCAGUCCCAGGUCUCAGCUUAGUGAUGAACUUGGAUGGUGUUGAACCCUAAGUGAAGUUUUCCAUCCUAAAUUUAAGCCUUUAAUAGUCUCUUGAUGCACGUGUCUAAGUAACAUACUAAAAAAAUCCCCAUCAAAAUCUGUCAGUUUAAGAAAAAUAUGUUCUCCAUCCAGCUAUGUCGGCCUUCUGCAUCUGCGAUGGAAGGUGGCCGAGCUACAGCGAUGUUUUUUAGGCCAUGAAGCAUCCCUAAAAUCAAUCUUCUCAUGAAAACGUCUGUAGCGUCCGAACCAUUUAGGUUACAAACUAAUAUCACCCCACUAUGGAAAGGGGAGAUUCUCAUAAACACUAUGUUCUCCGUUUUGCUUUACAACCCCCACAAGUGUCACAGGACUUGUCUGAAGGUAAUCGGUACCGUUAUUGUUUUUUAAGUUAUGGAGGUCGUUGUGUCCAAAAAACAAUAUUUCCUUAGCUUUCUUAUCUCCUAGAUAUAUGUAAAACACUUAACCCUUAUUCUAUGUGAUUUUUUUUUUCUGUGUUCUGCCAUUUAUAAGUGUUUUUCAGUGUGCUUCUAUGGACGACGAUGGUCAAAUUUAAAUAUUUUAUCAAAAUUGUUGUAUAUAGAGUACCAGUAAAAAGUUUGGACCCACCUAUUCA